GCAAGGUCCCGCCGCAGGAGGCGGCUGGGCCAAGCGCCCUUCAGCGGGAGCGGGGAGGGGGGGCAGAGAAGGCGCCGGCGGGUGCUUCAGCUCGGCCGGAACAAAGCGGCAGGGGCGGAGCUCGGUCCCCGCUGUGCAGCGCGGGGAGGCGGGUCCCGGCAGCAGCAGCAGCCCCCGGGAGGCGGCCUCCGCGAGCCCCGCUGCUUCUUUCUCGGCCCGCUCCGCCGGCAGCGCCAUGGCCGCGGCCCCGCUGGGCGGCGCCGCCGGGAGCCUGCUGCAGUUCCUGAGGCUGGUGGGGCAGCUCAAGAGAGUACCACGAACAGGCUGGGUGUACAGGAAUGUAGAGAAACCAGAGAGUGUAUCGGAUCAUAUGUACAGGAUGGCAGUCAUGGCUUUGGUAACUGAAGAUAAACAACUUAAUAAAGACAGAUGUGUACGACUAGCUCUGGUUCAUGAUAUGGCUGAAUGCAUUGUUGGAGAUAUAGCACCUGCAGAUAACAUCUCCAAAGAGGAGAAACAUCAGCGAGAGGAGGCAGCUAUGAAACAUUUGACACAGCUGCUAUCAGAAGAUCUGAGAAAAGAAAUCUAUGAACUUUGGGAAGAAUAUGAACACCAGUCUACAGCAGAAGCCAGAUUUGUAAAAGAGCUGGAUCAGUGUGAGAUGAUACUCCAAGCAUCUGAGUAUGAAGAGUUGGAAAAAAUGCCUGGAAGACUGCAGGACUUUUAUGAUUCAACUUCAGGAAAAUUUAAUCACCCAGAAGUAGUCCAACUUGUGUCGUCCAUUAAUAUGGAAAGAAAUGCAAAAAUAGCUGCUACAACAAGUGAGCCACCCUCUUGAGGCAUUUUAAAACUUCUGUAACUAAAAUUUAUUUUACUCCUUCUAAUGUUUUGCUGCUACAGCAUCACUAAGUUUUACAGUUUUUUUUCUUUCCAUUAAUUGCUUGGAAUCUAUGGAAAAAUCUAGAUAAGCAAAAUAGGAUAAAUUUUGCAUUUGAUAUCAUAGCCCUAUUUAUACUGUUUGGCAUCCUGUAUCUUUUUUUUAAAUUUGAUGCAACCUGUUUAGUCAAUUGCUUGAUUCAGUUUUGGUUCAUCAUGAAAUACAGUAGAACACCAGAGUUAUGGACUGACUGGUCAACCAGACACCACUUGAGACCAAAAAAAAAGCAAAUAUGGUACUGUGCCCAUAUUGCAUCUUAAAGGUAGGUACAUCUGGGCUGCCUGUCCCCACCCCUAUGUGUGGGGCACCUACUCCCAGGUAGGAGUUGAGAUGUGCAGGCAAAGCUGUGAGCCCCUGCUGCCAGCCCAAGGCAGCUGGAGCAGAAGCAACAUUGGGGUCUAUGCUGCUUUCACCAGCAUCCUUUCCUCCCCACCCCCAGUCGGGAGGGGGACAAGCUGGCCUGGACAAGACGCUGCCUCUGGAACCUGGCCUGGAGUGUGAACUGCUGGAGCCAGAGCUAUGAACACCCUUUAUUCCCAAGGUGUCUGUAACUUGGAGGUUCUACUGUAUCCUCAAGAGAUCAAAUAACCAGUGUUAGUCCGGUUUAUGGAAAAAGGUUCCAUAUGAUACCAGUCUCCAAGAAGCCAUCUUAUGUGGCAUUGUUACAUUUACCUUACACGUGUGCUCCCAAAGUUACACUCCAAAUGCUAUCUUUUUAUAUAUUAUUUACAAGUAAAAAGGUCAUCUAAAACUAGAUUUAACCAAGCUGCUUUUUACCUUGUUUUUCCAGUACCAUGGUGUACCCCUUAGCUCUGGCCACAUGCAUUCCAGAUACCAAAGGGCAUGAUGGCACCACCUGGGUUUGUACUAGCAGAAAGCAAUCAUAUGUCUUGUCCUAUUCCCUUGGGAUAUUCCAGUACUGGUCUGUGAGAAUAACUCCCUACUUGUUCCUAUGGUAAAAUGAUCAUAUGUCCUGACCCUGACAACUUUUCUACCUACUUAAGCCAAAGUUUACUCUAUCCUAUAAUACUUCAGCAUUAGAGAAGAGGAUUAUAGUAUGUAGCUAAUGUAAGGGUAUAGGCCAAUUUAGGCUAUAUAACUGUUUGGUGCUAUUGUACAAAACAUUCUUAACCACUACUUGUUAUCUUAGAAACAAAGUCAUAAUUUCCUUGUUUAGCAUGGUACGGCUGCAAUACAGUCACUUUGUUAUAUAUUCAGUGGUACCCAUUCUGCUGAGAGUAAGUUAACUUUUUCUUAACAGCCACAAAACACGUAAGGUUGACUGGUGCCCCUGCACAGUCUACUGAAAGGGUUGCGAAUUUUGACUGGAUGUAUUCCUUGAGCCUUCUGGCCAGUGCUGGGGAUGGUAUAGGUGUACAUAUAAUAGGUUGGUCCAUGCACGCUUCUAUCUUUGGUGUGCACUUAGUGAGCUCAGCAAAAACAGCCAGCAUAAUCAGAACCACUAUACGGGGGGAUAAGGCCCCAUAUGACUUUUUUUGGCUGUGGCCUAUUCAAGAAUUUUUUUUAAACAGAGCUGGCAAAGUGUACUCUGUGGCUUUGCUCAGUUUCUGAAGCCCUCAAAACUUUGGUCUGAGACUGUGCAUGGAAAAUUUUUAGGCCAAAUACAUUAAUCAUGCUAAAUAUUUUUGAUGAGUUUAACUUGAUUAAUCAUUUCUAGUGUGGGAGUGCCUAGGGGACUCCACCAGGUUGGAGCCCUAUUUUACUAGUGAAUGGCAGCAGUUCCUUCUGCCAAAGAGCUUGCUGUCUAAAAGAAAAGAUGUAAGUGGAUGAAACAAACAAGCAGGUUUGGAGAGGAACCAAUGAAAACAAUAGGAAGUUUUAAGACUAGAUAAGGUGGGUGCACACUUUGUAGCCAAUCAGCAGCAACAAUUCCCCCCCCCCCCAAUGUAGCCUAACUAACUAUCCAGGGUAAGUCUGAAGGAAUUCUGAUUCCAGCUACAGAUAUCUCAGAGUCUAGAGUCUACCUUUGUAACAGUUCCUAACAAUAAUUAGGAAGCUAGGGGUAUUUUUUCCUUCUUUCCCAAAGAUGUAUUACUGUCAUAAAUACACUGAAUUAGAAGAACGAACUUAACUCCAGCCUGAAGGCCUACAGCAGUGUGACCCUGUCUUCUACUUACUGUUGCACUGCAAAUCUUGUGACUCUCUCUUACAGUCCUAGACCCUAGAGUCAUGAGAAUACACCAGAAUCUGAUUUCAAGCACUCAUAGUUGGAGGGGAAGGCUUGAACAUGUGAAUCCUAAAGUUGAAAAAUGAGGAAGUAAAAUAAUUAAAUCCAAAUGGAUUUAAAGAAUUUCAUUUUUUUAAAUCUGGUGGGUUAUUUUUUGCUUUUAAUUUCUGGAAUGCUUGGGGUAGACAAUACCAUAGGGAUCUCAGUUGGCUACCACUCUUUGUUAAUAGUUAGGAAAAGAGGCUGGGGAGAUGUUUUUAAAUAUUCUGUUGAAAAUCCACAAAAUUUUUGGGUAUAAAAAUGCCAUUCCAGAACUCUUGCACACUGUGCAGGUAGCAGGUACAGUCCUAUUUGAAAUGGCUAUAAUAAAGCAUGAAUUUUAUUAUCAGGUUUAUAUGUUUCUAACUAUCGAUGAUGGGGGAAAAAUAAACCCAUUUCAGAUAGAUAUUAUAAACUGUGUGGCUGGCCCAAACCAUCUGUCUGCAACUUUUUUUUUUGUAUUUCCAUUGUAACAUCUUAUUAGAACAAAACUAUUACAAGGGGCAUCUUGCUAAUAAAAACACACAAGGCAGACACACAUUUUAAAAACUCAUUUACACAAACGAACUUUUUUUUAAAUAAAAAUGCUGCAACAGAAA